AUGAGUGCUAUUGACAGCUCUCCUGGCCCUUUGAAGUACAGCAGUACGCCACCAGCAUCCGCGCACGAGGCUCUUGGCGCUCACCGACAGUAUAGUUCAGAUGCGACCAUAUUACUCGUCGGGUUAUUUGGUGCUGGCAAGAAGACACUUGGAAUUAUCGCAUCGGUCGCAUUGCGAAGACGUUUCGUUGACUUCGACGCGGUUUUCAACCAAGAAGUCCAAUCAUCGCCUCAAGAGUUCAUAGCUCGUCAUGGCCUAGCACGAUAUCGCGAACUUGAAUUGCAAAUAUCAAAGGACAUUCUCACGAAACAUGACAAAGGUUGUGUCAUUGUUGGCCUUGGGGGCACAGCAAGUCCUUUGCAGCGGACUCUUUUGACCGAAUGUGGUCAGCGACAUCCGGUUAUCUAUGUGCGACGAGAUGAGAAUGAUCUACAACGGCUCUCCGGUACCAGCCCAGACAAGUUCAGUCGCAUAUUCGAGGUCGUGAAUGCCUUCUUCGAGUCUUGUACCAAUUUUGACUUCUUCAACCACACCCAAAGUGAAUCCCAGAGCGGCCCAACGCUACCCACAUACCUCAAGCUCAAGGAGACCGAGAGAGUAUUUGUGGCAUUCCUUCAUAGGAUUUUCGGUAGAGAUCACCGCCAAGUUUUCUCACUUGAUCCGUUUUCCAAAUCACAUACAUACGCUCUACAAGUUCCUGUGUCAUAUCUGGAUCAACCGGGGCUUGAUCUGGAAUCGCUCGAGUCUGGCGCUGAUGCCAUUACACUCCUGGUUCAGCCCGAUGAUUUAAAGUCCACCAGCUUGACAGAGAAGCUAGUACGCCAUAUCGCCCUGUUGAGGAAACAUUCCCGUGUUCCAAUUAUCGUUGAUGUAUCAGCACCACAUUCAACGCACUCGGCUUUUAGUUACCACGAGACCCUCGCGAAUAUCCUUCGACUUGCCCCAGAUGCUCUCACAUGUUGUCUUGAAUGCGACAAUGGUCUUUUCUCCAAACUCAGUUCUGCAAAGGGCUAUACCAAGAUCAUUGGCACAGUUCAUGAGCAAAGUCCUGUUGGAUAUCAUCAUAGACCUUUCACGCCGUCAACCCUUACACAGCUUUGUGGGACUUCAAAAUUUGAUGCUAUACGAGUGACAGGCGAAGCAGUAACGCCAGAUCAGAACGACCUCUGCUUUUGCUUCUUGCAAGAUCUGCAAUCGACCUCGAAAAUUCCCAUCAUCGCCUACAAUACCGGACCACUGGGGAAGCCCUCGAUUUGUCUGGGCCGAACCUUGUCACCAGUUGUGCCCCCGUCAUUGAACCAGACGGGUAUAUCAAUGAAAGAGGCACAAUGUGCAUUGACUGCGUGUUUCUUGCAGUCGAAAAAAGUCUUCACCAUCUUUGGGCAAAGUGUGAAGUACAGUCUCUCGGCACCGAUGCACAACACUGCCUACGAGGCUUGUGGUUUGCCACAUGUUUACGAUACCCUCCAAAGUGAAAAGCUAUCAGAUAUUCACCGACUCUUGGAAGAUAAGAACCACGGUGGCGUAACAAUCUCUCUUCCAUACAAAUCAGCAAUCUUACCUUUCCUUGAUGAAGUCAGCUCAGACGCAAAGGAUAUUAACGCGGUCAACACGGUAGUGCUGGAACACAGUCAACUUCCCAACGGUGAAAUGGUCACCAUUCGUCGGGGCUAUAAUACAGAUUACAUUGGCAUCAGAGACUGCAUUCAUAAGCACCUCUCGCCUGCAAAUGCAGUUCGCGAUGGCACCGCGGCUUUGAUUAUUGGGGCUGGAGGAAUGGCCCACGCUGCAAUUUACGCAUGCUACGAGCUUGGCGUUCGGAGAAUGUGCAUCUAUAACCGAUCUGUUGAGAAUGCGCAGAAGCUUGCAGAUUACUUCCGCCAGUGGGCGCAGUCAAAGCCUGGAGUGAAUUUGCAACUGCACGUGCUAUGUUCGCCGGAGGACCCUUGGCCUUCAGACUGUCGUUUACCGAGUAUAGUCACUUCUUGUAUUCCGCCAUAUGAACUGGGGAGCGAACGGCCGAUCAACAUGCUUCUGUCAGAGCAAUGGCUUGGAAGUCGAACAGGCGGCGUGUAUCUCGAGGUUGGAUAUGGCCCGUCGAGGACUCGAUUGAUGGAGCAGUUUCUCCCACGUGCGUCGAAAGGGUGGGUGGUAGUAGAUGGACUUAUGGUUCUGAUUGAGCAAGGCAUUGUUCAGUAUGAGAUCUUCACCAAGCGACCAGCUCCAAUUCAUGUGAUGCGAGGUGCGAUUCGUGAGCAGUCUAUCAAACAUGGAUUCGUUCACUGA